AAAAAAACAGGAGGGAUUAAGUCGCAUUGCCUCUCAUAUAGGCCAUCAUCUCACUCUUUUCUUUUUCAUCGUCUUGGCGGCCAGCUGGCUUAGCUGUCGUCUCUCCUCUUUUGAACGACCAUUCCUUCUUUUGAAUUAAAAGUUUGGUCAUGAGCGAUCGACUACCAACUGUGCUAUUCAGCAACAGUAACAAUAAAAAGCAAUAUAUUAAACGUAAUAUGGACAGAAAACGAUUCGGUCUUCCAACGCUCUUCCUCGUUUGGCUUUGCAUCACUCUCCUGUUUACCACAGUCAAUGUCCAUGCUGAUGAUGUUGCACCUCCUAACGGAGCACAUGCUUUUGAAGACUUUGACACAUAUUUCGAGGAGACAAAAUGUACAAAACACGGAGGUGAAUGCUGUAGCGAUAAAACAUCAAUUGACUGCCAAGGUUGGUUUUGUAUCGAGGGAACAUGCUCUGCUCUAAAAUGCAACUAUUGCUCUGAGGAUCCAUCAUGGUUCUGUGGCUAUGUCGAGGGUGUGGCCAAGAAUGAUGGUAUGGCAUGCAAGUACAAAGCGGUUCUUGAUCAGACGUGUAAUAAUAAAACUAUGCCCUGCAUGGAUGACUUGAUCUGCUCAGCCAGCAAUAAUACCUGUCAGUUCACACCAGAACGCUGGAUAGAGUACCAGGAAGAAGUCAAGGAAAGGCGCAUCACGAUGAUUGGUAUGAUUGUGGUCUUGAUCGGUAUGUUCCUGGCCAUGAGGCGAGUCCUCAAGAACGAGGAAAAUAGGCGGAGACAGAUCUGGGAGCCUGUAGACUCGAGUCCCGAGGCAUCGAUAUUGCGGCGACUUGCAGAAGAUACACAACGAAGAGUUGCUGGAGGCUGGGGCCAGAUUAGUGAUUCAUUGGUCGAAGGUGGCAAUGCUGCUAGUGCUGCGGUCGGUACAGCGUUUACAAGGAUCAGAGACAAUGUCAGGAACGUAACUAGUGGUCGCAAUGGAUCAUUGCGACCAGAAGAUUGUGAUGAUGAUACAUUAGAGAUGCUACCGAAUGGUCGACGUUUGCAGACGAGGAGAGAGUUGGAAGCGGAUAUGAGGGAUUUUUUGCUUGAGGCUGAUGAUGAUGAUGAAGACGAUCAUAGGGCUUGGGAUCGGUCACGAGACGAUGAUGGACUCUUAGCACAGCACCGUGGUGUUAACAAUGCAGUAUCCUCUAGACCUAGCACCUACACUGAUAACACCAUCUCACAAGUGUCAGGAGGCUUCCCAGAUGAACCACCUGCUUAUGAUGAAGUCAGAACGCAUGGCGUGAGGCAGCCCUCUCUCAUUGCUGGGUUGGAUAGGACCGACGGUUUGAGCGACUCAACAUCUACUGGCCCAAGGAUAGCGCCAUCCUGAGAGGAUAACAUUCAUCACUGUAUUUACAUCAGCUGCUAACGCUGCGCAGAGAAAUGCAUUACUUUACCAUCAGUUGGUUCGUUGGCAUCGCGUCGCGAUAUUCUUGUAGGAACAUUGUACGACUAUUAAAAUUUACCCCUGAAAGCAUGUAAUCUAAUGGAAGUUU